AUGGCGACGGUGGGGAGGAGAGCACUCGAGCAGGUCGUCGUGCACGAGGACGAGCCUGACCGCAUCCACGGCGGCGAGAGCACCGAGGACGAGACUUCCGAGAUGGACGAGAGCAGAGGUCCGCUGGAGGAGAGCGGUGGCACAGUCUCCGACGAGGAGGCCGAGGAAGUCGACGAAGGCGUCCUGGACGACAUGGAAAGUUUCGAGCAAACCUUCAGAAACAUCGGCUCGCGGUACCGUCUCAUCAACCGCAUUGGGGAGGGUACCUUCUCCACCGUCUACAAAGCCGAGGACCUGCUGUACGAUCGAUAUGUCAACAACUGGGACCCAGACGCCGAAAAGGAGAAUCUCGAAAACAUAACCUCCUCCAAACAGCCGACCACACAGCACAAGCCCAAAUAUGUGGCAAUUAAGAAGAUCUACGUGACCUCCUCGCCGAACCGAAUCCUCAAUGAGCUGGAACUGCUUCACGACCUGAAAGACUCACCCAACGUCUGCCCGCUCAUCACAGCAUUCCGUCAUCAGGACCAAGUCAUCGCCAUCCUGCCUUUCUUCCAGCACAAAGACUUUCGGGACUACUUUCGCGAAUUCACCUUCGAGGAGAUGCGCAUCUAUUUCCACAGCCUCUUCACUGCGGUGGCAUCGGUGCAUGAGGCAGAGAUUAUCCACCGGGAUAUCAAGCCCACCAACUUCCUCUACUCUCCCGCCCAACGACGCGGAGUUCUCGUGGACUUUGGUUUGGCAGAGCGAGAAGGAACCGACUACCAGAAGUGCAAUUGCGAACUCGAAUCAGGCGAGAGACAGAGACGCGUCAACAAUUCUGUCUGGCACGCGACCAAACUUGCACACCACAACUCCGGCCAACCACUCCCACAACCAUCGCACCCUAAAGACGAUCCGCGCGCCUCUCGCCGUGCCAACAGAGCAGGAACUCGUGGCUUCCGGGCCCCAGAGGUCCUCCUCAAGUGCACCGCUCAAAGUUGUCAACUAGACGUGUGGAGCUGCGGCGUGAUCCUGCUCACCUUCUUGUCCAAGCGCUUCCCCUUCUUCCACUCCGCGGACGAUAUCGACGCUUUCAUCGAGCUAUGCACCAUCUUCGGCAAGAAGAGAAUGAAAGACGUCGCCAUGCUGCACGGCCAAGUCAUGCACACCAACAUCCCCACCAUCUCCGACGGCGGCCAUUCCUGGGAGAAGAUCAUUCUGUGGUGCACUAGUCGCAACAAGAGAGAGGGAGAUGGUGGCAUCAGCGAUGAGGAACGAGAAGCCAUCGACUUCAUGAAGUGCUGUCUAGAACUCGACCCGGACAAGCGUAUCACGGCAGAGCUUGCUCUGCGACACCCUUGGCUCGCAGUGGAGGAAGAGAAAGAGGAAGAGGAAGAGGAGUCUGCGCCCGGCAGCGACGAGGACCAGAUGUACGUCGCUUAA